AUGGUCAUCGAUCUUCUUGGGCCCAGUUUGGAUGAGGACAAGAAAUUGAAAGGUACUGCUCGUUAUGCCAGCAUCAAAGCUCACUUGAGUGCCGACCAGUCUCGUUCUGAUGACAUGGAGUCCCUAGGUUACGAUCCUCCGGAUGAGAAGCCCGACUACUCUUACAUCCAAGAUUGCGGCGAUGUUGACGCUAACAAACCUAAGAAUGACAUGAACACUGAGCGACAGCAAUACAGUGCUGCCCAAGCUGCUGGCGCCAAACCCUGUACUAUCUCCAAUAAACGCCGUAACCACAGAGUCAUUGAACGUGGCUUCGUCAACACCCUGGGCACCGAUCAUAUGGUUAGAAGGAGUGAUGGCCAUUGAAAGCCACGCAAAUCAUCAGUCGCCACACAGCAGGCCAUCGAACAAACCAGUGGCAUGUU